UCAGAUAUUAAGAAAAUGACCAACUCAUUCAAGCAUAAACUAGGCCAAGGAGGCUAUGGAGGCGUUUAUAAAGGCCACUUGCUUGAUGGUCGUAAUGUGGCAGUGAAGGUCUUGAUUGAAUCCAAAAGUAAUGGUGAAGAAUUUAUUAAUGAGGUUGCCAGCAUCAGUAGGACUUCUCAUGUUAACAUAGUCACUCUUUUAGGUUUUUGUUUUGAGGGUCGAAAAAGAGCUCUCAUCUAUGAGUUCAUGUUCAAUGGAUCUCUCGAGAAGUUCAUAUUUGAAAACAAUCAAUCCAAGACAGAUCAUAAGUUAAUGUGGGAAGCAUUGUACAAAAUUGCAAUUGGCAUAGCUCGAGGAUUGGAAUAUCUACAUCAUGGUUGCAAUACACGAAUUUUGCACUUUGACAUAAAGCCUCAUAACAUUCUUUUAGAUGAAGAUUUUUGUCCCAAAAUAUCUGAUUUUGGACUUGCUAAAAUUUGCUCAAAGAAAAAAAGUAUUGUAUCAAUGACAAUUGCACGAGGGACUAUUGGUUAUAUUGCUCCAGAAGUAUUUUGUAGGAACUUUGGAAUAGUCUCUCACAAGUCAGAUGUUUAUAGUUAUGGAAUGAUGGUUUUAGACAUGACUGGAGGAAGAAUAAAUAACAAUGUUAGAGUCGAAAAUAGCAAUGAAAUAUAUUUUCCACAUUGGAUUUACCAACGUCUUGAGGCAGAUGAAGAACUUGGAUUAGAAGGCAUGACAAAUGAAUGUGUUAAGAAGAUGGUAAUAGUGAGCUUGUGGUGCAUCCAGACUAAUCCCUCUGACAGACCAACAAUUAGUAGAGUGGUGGAAAUGUUGGAAGGAAGCCUUGAGUCCUUGCAAAUCCCACCAAAUCCUUUCUUUACUUCCCCAGAACCACCUGCAAAAGAUUCUACAACUUCAGUUGCAUUCUAG